UACUUUAACUUGCAUUGACUAACGUGGUAGAUGUAAAUACACGGUAAACAAGUGCAUAAGAUGAGUGAUCGACAAAUUUAGUAACAUGUUUCGUUACUCUCACUAUUUCGAUUUAAAAUUGAAAAAAUUAUCCAGAACUUUCUGUGCCGAAUGUAAUAUUUAUUAACAGUUGUGCGUGAAAUUUUAUUUAAUUAUGGAGUUCUAUUAUUAUAUUUAUUUGCUUGACACAUGUGCAUAUCUAUCGUGGACUUCUUAAUUGUACAUAUUUCAAAUAUUUAUAAUGGACGUACCCUAAAAAUUAAUUAAUUAUAAUUGACAAUAAAUUAUAUUUAUAUAUAAGUACUACGAGUAUAAUGGCGACACCCACUAACGGUAACGGUAAUCUCAUCGACGAAUUUGAGGAAGCAUUUCAGCAAUGUUUGAGUAUAUUAAUAACGAAAGACGAAGGGUUAGGAAACAAUGGAAUUGGAGUGUCAGGUGGUUUGACUGUGGAUAAAGAAGAAGCACGUAGUGAAGUUGAACAAGUCACGCUAAGAUUUAUAGAUCUGGCAAGACAGAUGGAAGCUUUCUUUCUGCAGAAACGAUUUUUGUUGUCUGCAUUGAAACCAGAAUUAGUAAUAAAAGAAGAUAUCAAUGAUCUUAGAGUAGAAUUAGCACGUAAAGAAGAUCUCAUAAAAAGGCAUUAUGACAAAAUUACAGUAUGGCAGAAUUUAUUAGCAGAUCUACAAGGCUGGGCAAAGUCUCCAGCUCAAGGUCCAGCACCUAAUGGUUUACCAAAUGGUACUCAAACUGGACAGAACCAACAAAGUGCCAAUGGAGGUGGAAAUGCAACGAUGCAACAACAACAGCAAAUAUUACAGCAUCAGCAGCAACUCCAACAGCAACAACAACAGUUGCAACAUCUACAACAACAUCAAAUGCAACAGCAACAACUUCAUCAGCAACAGGUACAACAAGGGUCUGGUGCACCUCCCACAUCGGGUCUUCAAGGAGUUGGGGUCUCAGUUGGACAACAAGGAAUGUUCAUGACACAAGGGGGAGUAAGUGUGACUGGAACACGGGGUGGAUUUCCCGUCGCAGGUGUAGGAAGUAGUGCUCUCCAGGGUCCUCUCGCUUUCCUGGAAAAGACAACGAGCAAUAUAGGAAUGCCCGAAAGGCGGAGUUGAC